UUCUCAGCGGAUUGUUAACUUAUUCGGAUAAUUUUUGUAAUUCUUAUCGAAAUAUAGUGCUAAGUUAAAAUGAAUUUUAAUUUCAAACACAGUUGGCUUAGUUUUGUAUUAAUUUGUUUUAUCACUGUAACUUUACCAAAAAUUAUAAAUGGUUAUAAAAUUCUUGGUGUGUUUCCAAUAGCAUCUAAAUCGCAUUUUAUUUUUGGUGAGGCUUUGAUGAAAGGACUUGCAGAAAAAGGUCAUGAAGUUACAGUUAUAUCACCAUAUCCGAUGAGUGAUAAGAAAUACAAAGGCAUUGAAGUAAAGGCUUUGGUUACAACCAUGAAUGGACUUGUACAGGAUUUUCUAGAGUUGAAAGACUUGUCGUAUUUUCAAACCUUUUCUCAAAUCUAUGAAAUGGGCAUACUUGCAACUAAUGUCACCCUAAACGAACCAAUGGUACAAACAUUGAUUAAGUCAAAAGCCCAAUUCGAUGUCAUAAUAAUGGACCUCUUUCUUGAUGAAGCUUUAUAUGGUUUUACUGAAAUAUUCAAUGCCUCAAUGAUUGCAACAGGCUUAUUUGGAGCAACAUCAUGGAAUACAGAUCUAGUUGGAACACCUUCACCACCUUCAUACGUGCCCCAUCCAUUUAGUGAGCUGACAGAUCGCAUGAGUCUAUUCGAAAGGAUCGAGAAUCUAGCCAUUUCGACGUUUGAAAAACUUUUCUUUUACUGUUCUUAUCUGCCUCGACAAGAAAAACUGCUUUCUAAAAACUUUCCCACUAUAACUAAAAGCAUCCACGAGCUAAGGAAAAAUACAGCAUUAGUCUUGUUAAAUCAACAUGUCUCAUUGAGCUUUCCUCGGCCUUAUUUGCCAAAUAUGAUAGAAGUUGGUGGACUUCAUAUUAAUCGAAAGCGAAGUGUUCUUCCUGAUAAUAUGCAAAAGUUUUUAGAUGAAGCCAAGGAUGGAGCAAUCUACUUUUCGAUGGGUUCGAAUUUAAAGAGCAAAAAUCUACCAGUGGAUAAACGAGAAGCUAUUCUCAAAACGUUCAAAUCCUUGAAACAGAGAGUUUUGUGGAAAUUCGAAGACACAAACCUGCCCGAGAAGAGUGAUAAUGUAUUUAUUAAUGACUGGUUUCCCCAAGACGACGUAUUGGCACAUCCAAAUGUGAAGAUUUUUAUUACUCAUGGAGGUCUACUUAGCACAACUGAAUCUAUCUACCAUGGAAAACCAUUUAUAGGAAUUCCAAUUUUUGGUGAUCAAUUCUUAAAUAUGGCUCGUGCCGAAGCCAACGGGUUUGGAAUUAUGGUUGAAUAUAAUACCUUGACGGAAAAGAGUUUCAAAUCGGCAAUAUUAGAGAUGUUGAAUAAUCCAAAGUACACUAGAUUGAUGCGAGAGGUGUCAGCAAGAUUUCAUGAUCAACCAGUGGAGCCUUUGAAGUCAGCAAUUUAUUGGGUAGAAUAUGUUGCCAGGCAUAAAGGUGCUCCUCAUCUUCAUUGUGCAGCUCAAGAAUUAAAUUUUAUUCAGUAUCAUAAUAUCGAUGUUUUCGUAUUGAUAAUUGGUGGUGCUAUAUUAAUGGUAGUUUUGAUUAAAAUAUUAGCUGUUCAAAUUAUUUCGAAACUGAUUCGAAGAUCUAAGGGAAAACAAAAAUCAAAAAUAAAUUAAAUUUAAAAUUA